AUGGCAGAAAGCAAGCAAAAAUCCCAUCUGACUGAGCUUUUAGAUGAUGUGGAAAAGGCUCAAUCUGACAUUCGGCUCUAUGUGUCAGGCCACCUAAACCAUAAUAAGCUCUUCAAGCCCCAUAAAUCUGCAAAAUACAACUAUUGGGUGAGUUCCAAAAAACCCACCUUACUGUCUGCCAAAGAGGAUGCCCUAGGAGGACCCUAUGGAAUGCUGGAAAAAAUUAGCAGCAGCAAAGAUGCUCCUCCAGUGCCUAUCCGUGCCAAAUCUGCUUUCCCAUUGGGUUAUCAGUCCCCAGUCCACCCAGCCAGCUUUAGAGCACCAGUAAGCAUGUCACUCAAUAUCACUGCUUUCAAACAACAGAAGAAAGAGGCUCCUGAGAAACCUGAAGAGGAAGCCAGCACAUUUCCAAGGCAACUUAUACGAGAGGAGCUGGACAUUCCAGAAAUGAGAUUGUUGAAAUGCAGACGACUCAAGAACAGCAGGCUUUGUGACAAGGAGUUUAAAGACGAAUACCUGUUCUUACCUUCCUAUCUGGCUGGUGUGACUAAAAAGGACCAAUAUAACAAGUUCAUGCAAGUUGAGAAGGAGUAUAUUGCCAAGCAAGAUUUGUUGGAGAAUGAUUUCAUUGGGAGCAAGUCAACAGAGCACCAUGAAAAAAGUUGGCUCAGGUAAGCACUUCAGAAUAUCUGUGAUUGCAGACGUCCACAUUUCUAUCGAUUACAGGCUAUUGGUCAAGUGUUUGAAGAUAUCUGUAAUAGUUCCUUGAUAUUUGGUGACAUAUUGAAGGAAGUGAAAAAUGAAUAUGAGCUCUACAUGGUGAUCCUGCUGGAUUCUUUGCCUGCAAUGCAAUACAGAACCUUGCAAGAGCAAGUCAAAGGCAUGAAGAAAAGAAUGGUGAUGACUCAUGAAAUAGAAGAGAGCAGACAGACAAUACAGGACCUUGUGCAGAAAAGCAAAUUGGCUUUAGCAAGAAUGAAGAGUGAGUUAAAUAAAUUGGAAAUUGAACUUUGGGUGAGCCAGAUGGAUAGAAAGCAACAGGUAAAAAAUGAAAAAGGUGAUGAAGAAGGGGUAGAAGCAACGUCUAUGACCAAUGCUGAACUGCUUGACAUCUCUGAGGUGCCAAUCAUUAUGAAAUUGGAGGAAAUUCAAGCAAUUGAGAAAGAAAUUAAAAACACGAUGACUUUCAGUAGCAUUAUAAACAUUAAACAAAAGACUGUGAAAGAAUUAGAGGCAGAAGCAAGCAAACUUGAGGCCUCAAACAAGUUUCUGAAAAUACAAAUAAGAGAUACGGAACAUAGUAUCAGAGCAACACUAAGAAGGCAGAAGCUUAAUGAAGGUAAAGGCAGAGGUAAGCAUUUGUGGGAGUUAGUGCACGACUUCUUGCAACCUCUUGGAGAAGAUAUCAACGAAGACACACUUGAAUUGUCUUCUCAGGCAUCCUUACAGCUUUGA